AUGUACGAAGGGAUUGACAACCUGAAAUCCCUUUACGACCGUGCCGGGAAGACUUUCUCCGGCGGUCCUUCUGCGGCACAGGAUGUGCCGCGUCGUACUGCUCAACCAGACCCAGUACGUCAACCAUCAGUUGGGAGCGGGGCUCCCAAGUAUCCCAGGACGGGGGAUAGUCGCGCCACCGGACGAGAUAACUCGUCCGACGUCCGUUCACGUCGCGGUGGUUCAACAGCUGCUCAACUAGAUAGCGCUGGCCACCGCGAGAGUCCUCUAAUGGAGGUGGAGGAGGAGGAAAGACGCUCUCCACACGAUCAUGGGGAUCCGUGUGUUCCCGAGAGCUUCUUUGAUCGCGUAACGCAAGGGUUACGCAACGAUCUCGAGCAUGGGCGGGACAGGCGUCUCCAAAUGGGAGACACUGUCUCGAAGCAUCGAGCUGAGUUUGCCUUUGCUCAGCUUGAGAACGAGAGAUCUCUGACAUCUCUUCGUGACGAGCUAAGGGUAGCUCGUGGGAUUGUUGAUCGGUCUCGGGCUGAGAUAACUGCUCUUCAGACCCUUGUCGAUGCCCACCAUCGGGAGCACAAGGCUCUCUGCGAGAUGCUUGAGCGCAAGGGCGUUCUUCAUCGGAAGAAACAGCGUACUGAUGGUACGGCUUAA